AUGGCUUCCGGGCACAACUCAGCAUACUCCGCGUCAACCCAACACCGUCCAUUGGGUGACGGGCGCUCUUCGUUCAGCCAGGAUGGCGGCUCCGCUGAUGGCAGCUGGCAAGAUGGCAUCCCACAGACUGGAAGGAAUGGGCGAUCGGGAUCGGGAGGUAGCAGUAACAUGGGCGCACGAGGAGGGUCAUUGGCACCGUCAUUUGGCGGGCCAGGUAGCUUCAGUGCGGAGCUGAGGAGCAUGCACUCCCGCAACGUGACCCCCCGACCGGACGGCGCAUACAACAGACGGGCGAGCAGAUCGAUCGGCGAGGAGGAUUUACACACAACCGAGGAGCGCCAGGCCUAUCUUCGUGAUAGGAUCGCAAGGGAAAUGAAGAUCAAGAGCGGGACCGAGAACAUGUUGGAGGCGCUGCUGGCAAAACCACCGAAACAAACCAAGGAACAGCGACUCAAAGUGGAGUCGGAAUUGAGCUCUUCCAACCGCAAAUUGGUUGAACUACAGCAUGAGUUGGAGGAGGAGAUAUUACGUGCACAGGCGCCGGCAUCGACACCCCCGCGCAGCAGCCGACUUUCGAGCCUCUUUCGAGCCAGUCCCAUGCGCUCGCCAUCUCGGAACAAAGAAGCCACUAGUUCAUUAAAUGGGGACAGUGAAGAAAAUGGCGAAGGAGAGAUGGAAUCGCCCACCUAUGUUCUCUCGGAAACACUGCAAGCGUUGGAAGUGGAGGGAAUGUCUCCCGAUUUCUACGUUGAACGAGCGAACAGUUUGGUUGAAUUAUUUAAGCGACAUCCGACAUUGAAGUACGACCUCGCAUGGCCCGUUUUCGGGCUACGAGUCCAAGUCAUGCUUUUAAGUGACAACAAAGAAGUGGUAGCUGCUGGCUAUCGGCUAACACGCUACGCCAUUGCGGAUCGCAAAUCCCUACAAACAAUCCGUUCCUUACACACCGAUGAACUGGUGAUACUUUCCCUGGUCAAAGAUACCAAAGCAAGCAUUGAACGGGAACAAGCACUGAAAUUUGUCAGAGGCUUCCUAGAUGUCAAAGACGGAGUCCGAGAGAUAUCGCGGGCUGUUGUUCGAACCAUCGUGGCCGUGGCCGAGCAUCAUGAAGACCGUCUCCGCAAUAUAUCAAUAAUGACUCUGGCUGAGAUGUUGGUAAAAGACCCUGAAAUGGUUGCAACUGCUGGCGGAUUUGCUGCCCUGCAUGAUGCACUUGCAGAGGGUACAUUCGGCGCUUCUGAGAGCUUGAUCUCAAGUUUUCUGCAUGUUGUGGACACUCCACGCAGCCGAAAGUUUCUCCAGGGAUCGGAACUGGAAGCCGUCCUCACGCCGUUUACCGACUCAUUGUCAGAUUCGCUGCGCAGCGGGCGUUUAAAGUCUGCGGCCAAGGCAAUUUCCGCGAUGCUGAAAACCUGGCCUGGUCUGGUGAUCCUCGCAAGACACGACUCACAGCCUUUGCGUUCACUUCUUGACUCGCUUCAUUAUGAUGACCCGACAGCCCGAGAUCUGAUCAUGGAGCUUUUAUUCGACGCCCUGCGAAUCAAGCCACCGUCGUGGUCGUCAUCCUUCCUUGCGGGCAGACGACUCACAACCUACGGCAGGGUCUCGAAUCUCCGCUCCGAAGCCGAAUCAUCAAAGCUCCUUCGCAACUUCCACGACACCAAUAGCAACAGAUUCGAUCUAACUUCACAUUUCUCUACUCUCAUAUUGGCAGGGUUGGUUGAAGCAGGUAUCGCAAAGACUCUCUCCGAUGUCAUCGAGGAUGAAUCUGAUCUUUCUCUCCGGCGUAAGGCAACCUUGCUGUUGACCGAAGUGCUCAAGCUGGCCCACCAUUCCUUGCCCCAAGCGGUCAGCGCCAACCUCCAAGUCCUUCCACACCUAAUUUCUCCAGCAAUCGAUUUUGAGACCGAAAACCAUGAUCUCUCAACGGCAACUAUCUUCCAAAUCGAUAGUAUCAAUCGAACAUUGGCGCGUUCCGGGGCGUAUCCAAGUGGACAGAGUCGGUACAACAUGGAAACAGACUUAUCAAUACCGUUACUUCCCAAUGAACAGGGCAAAGAUAAGAUGAGCCCUGCUAUGGACGAGACCCAGUUUCGCAAUGCCAUUUUGGAGACUCAUGUCCUCAACACCGUCAACUAUACCAAAUGGAAAUGGGAUAUCAUUCAUCGUCUGGUCGAGGGUCCUCUCACAAACUCGAAAAGAAUGGACGAGGCAAUCAAAGGCUCCAAGUUUAUGAAACGACUCAUUGGCUUUUACCGACCUUUCAAGUAUCGCUUUGCCAUGGUCUCAAACACAAAAGCGAAUCAGCGAUAUGUGCGAACUGGAUGUGUCCUCAUGCGCACUCUCGUCAUGACCCCCGAGGGUACCAAGUAUCUGGCAGAGAACAAAUUCCUUCGCCAGGUUGCAGAAUGCUUGGCUCAGCUGGACCGCAUGAGUGGGCUGACGUCUGAAUCGCCCCUGUUUUCACGUGAGCAGAUGGCCAGCACAUUAAGUGGAGGCUAUUUUGCUAUGUUGGGAACAUUGAGCGCUGAUGCUAACGGCCUGUCCAUGAUGGAGCGGUGGCACAUGCUCAACAUGUUUUAUCACAUUAUUGAACUGCGAGACCGGAACGAUCUCAUCCAGACUUUGCUAGGAAAUAUGGAUUACAGUCGCGAGAGUCAUCUCCGAGUAAUACUUUCCAAGGCCCUGACAAUUGGUUCUAAGGAAAUCCGGAUCUUUGCAACAAGACUUUUGCGCAAAUAUGCCGUCGGUGAUGUAUCGCUUUCUCCUCACGUCGCGAUUGGUAAUGCGGAAUGGGUCGUCAAGCUCCUCGUAACUCAGCUAUAUGAUCCAGAGGUCACGGUCUGCCAGGUCGCCGUGAAGAUUCUCGAAGAGGCAUGCAAUCAGCGAGAUUAUCUCGAGUUUGUGGUCAAAUGCAGACCCUCUCUCGAUCACUUGGGUGAGAUCGGCGCACCACUACUUCUCCGGUUCCUGUCAACCUCAGUGGGCUAUCAUUACUUGGAUGGACUUGACUAUAUCACACAAGAAAUGGACGACUGGUUCCUUGGUCGCAAUGAUAGCUAUGUUGGUCUUGUUGAGGCUUCUCUCUCCCGUGCUUAUGUCGAGCAACCACGACGUGGCAGCCUUGCCCCCGAAGAUUUGGUGGACCUCCAAGACAUUGGCUUGGUACCACCUCAUUUCUAUCGAGAACUUGCACGAACUGCCGAGGGAUGUAAGCUGUUAGAGCAGUCCGGUCACUUCAGUGAGUUUGCCUGGACCAUCCGCGACUUCAAGCUAGACGAAGAAGACAACGAACUGCUUCUCAAGACCAAAGGAUGUCUCUGGGCUGUCGGAAAUGUUGGCUCGAUGGAACUUGGCGCACCAUUCCUUGAUGCUGAGAUCAUUGAGCAGAUUGUGGCGAUAGCAACGAGUGCUGGAGUGCUCACGAUGCGAGGCACUGCCUUCUUUGUUCUGGGUUUGAUCUCCCGCAGUCGACAUGGACUCCGAGUUUUGCGAGGGUUGGGCUGGGACUCUGGUGUUGAUCAGAAAGGAGACUCAUUGGGCCUUUGCCUUCCUACCGAUUUCCGGAAGUUGUUUUGGAUUUCUUUCCCUGGCUUUGAUUCGAAAUCGAAGCGCACUCCCAAGGAGAAGAUCAAGGAAGCCACCACAGAUUCCGAUCCCGGCAAUCAACGUAUUCUGAAGGCGAUUGUUGACAUGGGCAACACUGUGCUUGCCAAACGAGCCGCCUCGGAACUUCAUAACUUGAAAUCAAGACAACCUGAGCGAUUUCGCCAAGUUCAUCUCUUCCGCAAAACACUGUGCAUCAUGGAAAGCCAUCAUUUCCGACUACCUGCACGUCGCUUUGCUCUGGACUUAUUCGACAAAAGCGUGAUGCGACGAAUCGUCCUGGACGAAGAUUCCGACUCGGACUUGGAGUCUUCUGCCAGCUCCCAAUCAGAGUAA